UUCUCAACAGGUACACAUGAGAAAGACAGCGAUGGCCAUGCUGAUUCUGCUGCUGAUUUUUAUUCCAGCUCAAUGCAUCGCCAUCAAGGUCAACUGCUCUGAACCAAACCAACUGGCAUUGCUGGAGGCCCUGAAGCCCAUUUUUCAGAUGGGCGCCAUUCGGCCAGUCACAAACAUGACAACCCCUACCAACGUCAGCUUACAUUUCCUUCUCUAUGCAAUAUUAGGAGUGAAUGAGAAGGCUCAACUCCUGACGACCUUUCUUUGGCAAAAAUUUUCUUGGCAGAAUGAGUUUGUCACUUGGGAUCCAGACCAGUGUGGCACCGACAAGAUUACUCUUCCCAGAGAAAACUUUUGGGUUCCAGAUCUUGUCAUCCGUGAAUUUAUGGAUCAAGACAAAGCUCCAAUUGUUCCUUAUGUACAUCUGUACAGCGAUGGAAAAAUGCUUGACGCAAAACCAGCCCGAGUUGUCAGUUCGUGUAACCUCGACAUCUACACUUUCCCCUUUGACAUACAGAACUGCAGUCUUACCUACGGGUCCUUCGUAAACAUGGCAAGUAUCAUGAAGUUGUCCCUAUCGAUGCCUGACGAUACCAUCACAGCAAUAUCCAAGAAAGUGAUGACCACUUUAGGAGAAUGGGAGCUGCUGAACAUCACUGCCGUAGAGCACGAUCAUCAAAACGCCUACUUGGAUGAGCUUCACUUUUACAUCCAACUGCGACGCAAGUCCACGCAGUACGUGGUGACCCUGCUGAUCCCGAGCGGUUUCCUUCUCACCGUGGACCUUUUUAGCUUCCUACUACCGCCGCAAAAUGUAGAUCGCUCGUCCUUCAAGAUGACGCUUAUCCUGGGCUACACAGUCUUCCUGCUCAUCAUGAAUGAUCUGUUGCCUAUCACGGGAAACGGCAUCCCCCUCAUCAAUGUGUUCUUUUCGCUGUGUCUGGCUCUCAUGGUGGGCAGUCUCCUGGAGACAAUUCUCAUCACCAACCUGCUGCUCAGCUCCAAAAAUGUCACUCCCGUACCUCGCUGGAUCCGCGUGCUGGUUCUACAAUUACUGGGUCGUCUUGUAGGUCUACCUUGGGAAGAAGUAAAAGAUUCAGACACAAGAGGAAACAGUGUGUCCACACAACACGGAUGUGGUGACCCCUCUCAUGGGGAGAAAGGACAAGCAGUGGAGGACAGGGCCCUGCAGGAGCUCAGGAGCCUUCGUGGAGACCUGAAGGUCCUCCGCCUGCAGGUGGAGGAGCAGCUGGGGAGCAGCCAGAGCUCAAAGGAGUGGAUCCAGGUGGGUUUUAUCAUUGACCGCCUGCUGUUUGGCAUCUACCUCCUCUUCAUAUCUGUCAGCAUCAUCACCAUCACGAUCAUCUGGGCUAGUCGGUAGAUGACAAAAUUUUUUGUUUUAGUGUAAUUGAUUGAUAGAUCACUAUGACAUGCUUAAUUUCUCAGUUGUACUACUUUGAAGAGUAAUUGUUAAUCAUAACAAUUCUCUAAUUAUCCCUCCUAUACAAUUAGCGCUGACUAGAUGAUAUGUUAAAGUACAAUGCUAAAAAUAAAAUGAUACGCUCAACAAAUA